GCGGGCAGCAGCGGACGGCCAACACAGAGCGCACUAUCCGACUCCAUGUGACUCCACACACACCGACCCUUCAAUCAUACGUGCGAAAUGAAAAUGCGACGUUCGGCUGCCUAGCAUACUCUCACCAGGGCUUUUGACUUUGAUCAAAUUACCCGAUUUUUCAUUUUGGAGGAUUCCUCCCACCUUCCCCCCCGGAUCCCACCGAACAGGCAAUGACAACGGUCUCGGUAACUCCGCAGCAGAUGAGGGACCGGCUGCUGCAGGCCGUCGACAGUCGUAGCAAUAUUGUCAAUAUGGUGGUUGUCUUAGAAGUAAUUGCCUAUCUGGAAAAGUAUCCUAUCACCAAAGAAGCACUUGAGGAAACUCGGCUAGGAAAAUUGAUUAAUGAUGUGAGAAAGAAAACCAAGGAUGAAGACCUUGCCAAGCGUGCCAAGAAACUCUUACGGAACUGGCAGAAAUUGAUUGAGCCAGGACCAGCUGAGACUCAACAACGUGGACUACCUGUGGUUGUUCCUGGUUCUACCAAUGGCGGUUCUCACCCCUGUAGAACAGAUGCUUCUCCCCCUGAUGUUUCUGUUGUGGGUAAAGGUGUUGUUGAGGUCAAAAUCAAAAAUGAUGUUCACAACACAUACUCGCCAAAAGCAGAAAAAUCAAGCAGUCGCAAGCGCCGGGGAGAUCACAGAGACAGUGGAGUGCAUUUACCUGAAAAAAUCCCGAAGGUGGCCACUUACGAAAAUUCAGUCUCGUCACCCAUUACCAAUGGGAUCACAGGCAGUCCUGACUCCCUCCCAGACCAGGAGGUUGUCCCGUCUCCUGAUAGAUCUUGGACAGAGCACCUUGAAAAUGAUAAACACAACAGAAUCCCUGUUAAUGCUGUCAAGCCUCGCCCCAGCUCCCCUGGAGUUGCCAAACUACCUAGCACUUCGUCUUUGAUUAAGGUUGCUGUGAUGCAACAGCAAGCAAGGAUGGAUGAAGGUGGAGGUGGUGUUGGGGGAGGAGGGGGACAUUAUCAAGCCAAAAGCCCCCGUGGCCUCUCAACCAGUCCCAGGAACGCAAAACAAGAAACAAUGACCAAGCGCUCUUUGGCAUAUGCACCAAAAGGAACACAUGUCCCAACCCCAUCUGUGCUGGAGUCCCCUUUGCCUUUGUCUCAGCCUUUAACCUCUCCAGCACAACCACCUUAUGGUGAUAAGCUGCCACAUUCUUCUCACAGAUCCUCUUCAAUGCACUGGGCCAGUUCGUCAGAAGUCCCUUCCCAUUGCUCCCCACAUGACACAUCUGUGACACUGGAAUCCCCGUCAGUCUCCACUCCCAACUCCCAACUUUCCCAACACAACUCCCAACUUCUUAGACUCUCCUCUGAGGUGGCGAUGGCUGUUCCUGGGGAUGCAGAAGGAGCAGCCGUCUCCCAUUUGGAGCGAAAGAGGCGGAAGAAGUACAGGUCUAGAGACUACUCUGUCAACCUAGACGGCCAGAAAAUGGAGGACACGAGUAAGCCUGUGCGGUUAAAAGAGCGCAGGAUAACCUUUGACCCUGUAACAGGUCAAAUCAAGCCCUUGGUACAUAAAGAACCUUCUCAGACAGAGGAAGCCCCGACACCUGACCCUGCUGAAUCGAAACAGAGGACUGAGAGCUCUGUGCAACAGUCCGCUGCUCCCUCGGUAGACCCUGCCCCUAACCCUUUCCAACAUACAAACUGGAAGGAGCUCUCCAGGAAUGAAAUCAUCCAGUCCUACUUAAACUUUCAGAGCAAUGUGCUCACCUCCUCGGGGGUUCAGGCCCCCAGUGCGCACUUUUUCAUGUCAGAGUAUCUGAAACGGGAAGAGAGCAACGUCGUGACGACACGGAAGACGCAUGUUCUGCAGAAGGACGGCCCAGUAGAGGAUUUACCAGGUGUGAGCCGGGAGGUGACAAAUGAGGAUCUGAGAAGGAUACACACUCUGCACUGGCAAGGAGUAAAUGGUUGUUAUGAUACCAAGGGCAGCUGGUAUGACUGGACAGAGUGCAUGUCGUUGGACCCUCAUGGGGAUGAAAGCAAACUGAACAUCCUGCCAUAUGUUUGCCUAGACUGAGGAGCUUGGGAAGGAAGCAGUCCUUUCUUGCCCUUUUUUUCUCUCUCUCCACAGAGACAAGAUACUUUGUGAUUUUGUUUGUCCACUGUGAGUACAGAGAAAGCCAGACCUGCUAAACUCCCACCUUGCCUCUCCCUCUUUUAACAAUAAUCUAUUGAGAUUUUGGUAUAGAAAUAUUUGAAAAAUAAAGAAAUAGUUAAGUUUGUCAAACUAAAGGGCUGUUUCUGUUUUGUUUUUUUUAAUUAAAAAAAACCCACAGGAAUGAUGAGGCCCUGGUUGGCAGCAUGCUGCUACUAACCUAGAAGGCAAAACAAUGUUUUACAGUUUUAUCUCGAGCAGCAUAGGGGUGAAAAAUAUAUGCCAGCAGAAUCUUUGAUUUUUCAGUCAAUUGAUGACGCCUCUUGUGCAUAAAUUAUUCCCCAUUUCUGUCUCCGAUAUUACUGUCGGACCAUUUAUCCCUUCUAGCUACUAACAAGGAAGUACAAACUAGGGCUCUGUUGGAGGGAAGGCUGGGGUUUAGCGGGGCUGUCCAUGCUAUGUUGGUGCCCAGGAAGGUGUUACAAGAGUUCAUCUAGCACAGGUAGAGCUGAACAUGCCCCGGAGUGUGGAGUACAGGAGCAUAUUUGGCAGUUACAAGAAGCUUUAUGUGAGAGUAAAUUAUAAAUUUCUUAUCAUGUAUGCAUCUAUUUAUUUUGACCAGUUCUUUUGUGGGAGGGUUUAUCAAAACAAAUGUCUAAAAAACUGUUUUUUUCCCUGUUUGAAUAACAAUAUUGUCUACCUGUUCUGUAGUGUUAAAGGGGCAUGACAUUGUUUUUGCAUGGUCUUUCUUUAGGUUUAAACGAAUACAUCCAUUUGGUCAUCAACAUUCCAUACUCCACCCUGCAUCCAUUUUUUUUCUCUCUCGCUCUCUCUUGGUCGUUCUCAUUAACACUUGUCUCCUAUUGACCUAGGGCAUCCCAUUUCUCAAAAACAAAACUCCAUACCAAAUUAGCUGGUUUCAAAGUGUUAAACUCGCAUCUCUUAAAAUUUGUUCAUGGGAUGUACAAAAAUUUAUGUUGCACCACACAUUAGUUCUGUUUUCGAGCAUCAAACUUGAAAGUGUUGACUCAGAUGGUGCCGAUGCAUAACUACAUUUUAAGGUAUAAAAAACAAUGUAUGCUGGAACUCACCUUACCAUUUCUUCCUUCUUUUUUUUUGCCUUGUGGACUAUUUUUGACAAAGUUGGAACAGCCUCGAUAAAUGUACAGAUUUUUGACCUCGGUUUGCACAUACACACAAGUACACAGCUUGUUGGUAAUUUAACUAUUGACAUGGUCAAAUGUGUAUAGUGAAUGAUGCUUAAUUUCCAUGAGUUUCAGUUUGGUGUACAUAGUAGGUUUAAACACUUAUCAAAAGUCCCUUGUAAUUCUUGUUUGCGAAUUUAAUAUAUAGGGUUCGUAUAAUUUCUUUUCCGUGUUGAGAAAAUAAGCAUAAAACUUCAAGAGAGAGUCGGAGAGAAAGCUUUGUACAUCUGAUAUUUUAAUGAGUUUGUCCAUGUGACAAAAUACAAGUUGCCCUUCAUUUCCUUUUGCUCCCUUCUUUCACAACCACUUUUGCUGACAUCUGAGACUUAAUUUAAGGUCAACAACAUACAACCUGUGUAUCCAUUCACUCAGUCAUUCAUCCCUACCAAUGUGCCUUGGUAAAUGGUAAAUCUGGAUUUGCUUCCGCAUAAAACACGCCUGUCCUUGUAGCUAAGUUUAUGUGUAAGAAUUCCAAAUUCCAUGGUUGAUAUAACGCUGGUAUAUGCACCGUUUACCUUUUUUGUAAACACUGAUCUAAUAUGGGUAAAAUUGCAGACAAUGAGACACCGCACAAAAGCAAAGCUCGCAAUAAAGGAAAGUGCUAAAGAUGGUUGACUAAGAAUCUGGUCAGAGUUUUGACUGGGGCAUCUUUGUUUGUUCAGUGUUUAACAACGUCUCUCAAUUGUUUGGAAAAUAAAAUGAUCUAAAUCCUCU